AUGUCACUUCUAAACUACCAGACUCCAUGCACGAGCAGCGAGGGUCGUCUGUGCAAUGUCUUCGCAGACCUUUCCCAGUGGAACCCGUUCUUCUGGCAGGUGGGACUCCAACUGAGGGAAUGUGCUCCGGGCGAACUGUCUCUCGUAGAAGUGCGUCACGCGGGCAUUCAACCGAGUGUAUUGGAAAAGAAGGAGGCCGCAACUAUACUGUGCCAAUUGCUAUCGCAUCACCGCUGCAUCGUUUCAGUGCACCUGAAUGGCCACAUAUUCAGUGGUCACCACGAACUCAUAUGCGACGCUUUGCGCAACAGCCCGACCCUUAGAAAGCUCAAGUUGUGCCGACUGUACACGAAUAUGAACUCUUUGCAGAGCUUCAUAGCAGCGCUUCCGCAUCUGAACCGACUGCAAGAGCUUGAGUUCAGCCACGUAGUUUUCGGUCGCAGAUUUCUCGAUGGUCUCUCCGAGUUCCUGCCUAGCACACGGUCACUGACGGCACUCACCAUGCCCGACCUGGGAAUUGAGGGCGAGCACGCGGUCGUCGUCCUCCAAGGACUCAGACAGAACGUAACAAUCUCGGCGCUGUCGCUCCGCAUGAGUCUUCUCAACGCCGUCUCGUCCCAGUGUGGCGACAUUUUCUCCGACUACUUGAGGUGCAACCAGACUCUGCGCAGCCUAACAAUUACGUCAUGCACUCGCUUCAGCUUCAGCGAUCUUCGUCCGGUCUUCGGGGCGCUACUGUACAACAACCACCUCUCCGAUCUGUGCCUGAUCGGAAUUUCACUAGAUAUGCUGAACAUGAAAAUUCUCACAGAUAUGCUCAGUCGAAACCGGGGCCUAAGAAAGUUCCACCUGGUCAAUUACGACCGCUGCAUGAACAUCUAUAUGCCUGUAUUUUCUAGCGAAUCAAGCCUGAACUCUUUGUGGUUGUCGGUACUCGCCGAAAACAAUACGUUGGAGGAGCUGACCAUGGACCUGUCGUGGAUGAAGCCGGAAGAUUGCAGUGCCUUCUUCCAGGCUCUCGCGUGUAACACGUCCUUGAAGAAGAUCAAUGUCCCGGCAUUCAUGAAAAACAAUGUGGCCCAGAUAUGCCGUGCACUUCGGGACACGGGAGUUGCGGAGCGUUUCUUCGUCGGCGAGCACCGCGUCUUGGGGGACACCGCUGUGGCACUCCCGGAGUGCAAGGCACUGUCCCGCAUCAGACUAUACCGGGGCACCGGCGAUGAAGUCGAGCCGCUGCAAAUCGCACUGUGUCUGUUGCCGAAGUGCAGUCACGUGAAGUCCCUGUGUAUCGAGAUGACUGGGCUGACGUUCAACGGCAACGUGAGCUCCUUGAUUGCGCAGUACGUCACCGACACGAGGGUGCUUAGAGAGCUGCGGCUGGAGUUGUUCUUCGGAACUCAGCGUUCCGUCGACGACUCCGAAUUGGCGCUGCUUCAAGCGCUGUCCAACAACAAGAGCAUACGCAGUCUGUCACUUACGGGCUUCUACAUCACCGAUGGCGAGACUCGGAUUCUGGUGGAGACGUUACAGUCUAGCCAUACGCUAUGCCGACUGUCCUUUUACCCGAGCAACAUCCAUGCGACCACCUGGCUUAUCGAAACGCUGUCACCGGACAUCUCAAGCAACUACAUGCUCCUCGACAUGAGCACUAGCUGGUACGAGCGACUCUGCGGCGGCUGGUACCCCAUCAACGACGUCGUGCGUCGCAACAACUCGCUGGUGACGCGGGCGGCGCACUUCGUCAUGGGAACGAGGUACAAGUACUGCGCUACAGCUGCCGAGCUAAUGCAGUUCAACCCCGGACUUGUGGAAAAGAUUCAAGAACUCGAUUCGAUCGACGAAGACGAGGCCUUGUCGCGAAUCAAAGCCAGCCUGACAAGCUUCACUGAAUUGGAUGACUUCAUGUGCCUCGCAGGGGUCGUCAAGGACACGGUGAGUUGCCACAGGCGCGACGACGGUCAGAUGCAGUUCGUCGAUCUCACUCGUGACUGCUGGUUGCACAUACGGCAGUAUCUGAACAUGGGCCACAUCUUGGAUCAAAAGUAAGCGCGGAAUCUUGUGUUCUUUUUUGUUUUGUUUUUUACGAAACGUCGACGUAUCUUCGGUGUUUUUUCUCGGCAGGACUGCGCAGCUUUCUGUGUGCAUGUAACAUUUACUGACGACUUCUGCUCGGGGUGAUGUUUUGGAAGUUUUGCGACAAGAGUUGCCUACGAAAGCGUCAUUUUUCUUCUCAUUGGGUUAUAUUGAGCCAGAUAGCUUUCAAAGCAGUUUCGAUUUCACUGUGCGUGUAAGCCGUAGCAGUGGUGAUGUAAAUGUAGUCGAUAUUGUCCUGGCAUUCGGCAGGUUUACGGGAGCGGAACUUGGCCAGCAGUGUCUCCUCAUUGACCGGCUGUAGUCGCGUGGCAUAGUGCCGGCAUCCUGUAGCAAAACGCGCUGUGCCGGCGUUACAAGUAUCUGGCUGAAUGUAGCGAGGUUGGGGUUUGACCGACAGUUUGCUUUCGCGAGCUUCCGACCGUCAUUUCAACAACUUUGAUGUAGCGCGAAAGGACACGGCGCGUGUGU